AUGGUUUACACACCUCGAAAAGACCACUUCUUUCGAUUCUCAACGUCUUCAGCGUAUCAACUGCCUGAUGCAGUCGUCAUCACUUGCAGGUCCUUGAGCACAUCUUUGAUGGUGGUGGAAAGAAAACAAAUGUUAGUCAACACGAAUUUGAUCGACGUCCAUCCUCUCCGUCAACUACCACCGUUCGCCCGCCUGGAAUCUACACUUGAUGACAUUUGGGACUCAGUCUGUCCAGCUCUACUGCUCGACAAUCGCUCAAAAGGAAAUCAUCACCUUUGCGCAGAUUGGAGCGCUCAGAUGAGAGCCCAAUCUGUCAUUUGCAAUUGCUCAUUGACAGACCAUGCUUCACGCACAAGCUUCAAAGCGGGUAAAGAUUUUGGAAAGUCCACCGCACAAGGGAUAUACGAUACGGGAUGGGUCUCAGGCAGCAGCCGUGCCGGUUUCCUAGUGCCUCGCGAAUGCUUCACCAUCGUAAUCUUGGUUCGCGGAUGA